UAGCGCGCAUUCAGAAUGGGUCUAAUGGGUCUAGUGAUAAUGCUGGCAACCGCCGGGAUAGCAGCUGCCGAAAUACCGGGAUGCGAUUACUUCGACACAGUGGAUCUGUCGCAGAGCGAGCGGCUACCGAAUGGCUCGUACCAGUAUGAGAAGCUGAUCAUACCGGCAAGUCUGGUUGGCGAGUAUGACUACGAGAUACUGGAGAAGGGCCACAGGGAGUCUGUGGCCAGGCAUCUGAGAGGCUGUGCCUGCCACCUGGGCACCUGCAUUAGGUUCUGUUGCCAUCGCAAUCUGUUCCUCGUUGACGGCGAACGCAAGUGCGACGGGGACACAACGAAAGCGAUCGAGUUCGAUCCCAUUAUCAACAUCACGCUGAACGAUGGCACCCAGGUGAGAAGACACGUUUUGCGGGACUUUAUCAUACAACAGGAUCUGCCCGUCCCAUGCGCCUCACACUUCCAUCUGGAUGCGGAAAACGACGAGAGUCAUCAGUGGACCCUCUUAGAGAACGGAGUCCUACGUCGUCAGUUCGAUGAUGCUGAGCUGUCCAAGCAAGCGUAUUGCCUGCAGCCCCAUAAGAUCGGAACGGAGGACAGCGACGAGCAGUACACUCUGGUGCCCCACAACUGUGCAAUCGAGCCCCCGAGUCAAUGGUUAAUUAAUACUCUGCGUAUGAUUUCGAUCGUAUGUUUGUUUCUCACAAUCUGCGUGUACCUCUACUUGCCAAAGCUGCGAAAUCUGCACGGGCUGUGCUUCACAUGCUACAUGAUCUGCCUGAUGAUGUCAUUCGCAUUGCUCCUAGGCGAUUCCUGGAAGGAGGACUGGUCGAAGAGUCUCUGUCAGGUGAAUGGCUAUCUCGGCUACUUUUUCGUCAUGGCCAGCUUCCUGUGGCUAACCGUGAUCAGCUAUGACCUGUGGAAGAGCUUCCGCACCAACAGCUGGCACGUUCCCCGACACACGUUCAACUACCGCUUCCUGCUCUACAGUCUCUACGCAUGGGGUGUUGCGAUCCUGCUUACCAUUAUUGUGAUAAUAGUCGAUAUGUCGUGGGAUGGCGAAGACGAGGAACAGCUUCUCUGGAUACCAGGAGUUGCUGUCUACAAUUGCUGGGUGAAGGCUCAUGAUUGGUCCGCAGCGCUCUAUUUCCAUGGACCGAUGGCACUGCAAAUCAUUUUCAACAUCGUCAUGUUUGUACUCACUUCCAUUCGCAUUCUGAAAGUGCAAAGAGAACUGAAGGACGUUGCGGUACGCGGAGAGCCCCAGCAGCGACUCGAUUCGAAUAAGCGCACGUAUACUCUGUUCGUGCGCCUCUUCGUUAUCAUGGGCGUUACCUGGACUUUCGAAAUAGUCGUAUACCUAGUGCAGAACAACGGGCCAGUGUUCUCGGUAUUGCAGGUCUUCGAUUACAUCAAUAGUGCACAGGGCGUCAUAAUAUUCAUAAUGUUUGUGUUGAAGCGAAGUGUUCUGAAGCUCAUCUCAAACCGAAUUCGGGGCAUUGAAGACGAUGCCAGCGACACUGAAGAGGAAAUUGCUCUCCAAGAUCGGAAUGGAGGUGCCAAUAAGAUCGGUCCGCAAAUCUUGAAUUAGAAGGCGCAGGGCUGAUCAAUUUAAUCGGCACACUUCGAUUAGCAUGGGUCAUUCGUCGAAACUCGGAUCAGCAGUCCCAAG